AUGGGUCAUUUCUUUUGUUGGUGUUAAUCUCUCUCCUUUGUCCUCUUGUUCCCUCUCCCUCUCUCUUUCUCUCUACCUGAAUCUCUGUUCCCUCUCUCUUUCUCUCUACCUGAAUCUCUAUGUUCUCUUUCUCUCUACCUGAAUCUCUGUUCCCUCUCUCUUUCUCUCCUCCCACCCUCUAAUAGCACUGCAGUGUUACUGCCAGCGCUGUCUCAACUCCACGUGCACCACGGACGGACUGUGCUUCGUGUCCGUCAAGAAGUCUGGCAGCAGCAUCACCGCCGAGAGCAGUAUGUGCGUCCCCGAGAACGAGCUGAUCCCGCGCGACCGCCCCUUCAUCUGCGCGCCCUCCACCAAGGACGACACUGGCAUCUACCCUAUGUGCUGCUCCACCGACUGGUGCAACAAGAACCCUGACCUCAGUGUCUUCCCAGGUCCGUCCCAAGUGUGUCUUUCUGCAUGUCUCAUAAAUGCACAUCGUAAACUAAGAACCCAAGCCUUUGCAUUUAUAAGGGCUCGACUGUAGGCCUCAGGGUUAUUUAUACAUGGACUGUUCUGCAGUGCUGUGGGAUACUAUCUAGGGCCCUCAUUCAAUUCUGGGCCGCGAAGUAGAGCUGGGCGAUAUAUAAAAUAAAAAAAUCCACACCGGAAUAAAUUGCCCGUAUUAAUGUGAUAACGUUAACUAGAACGAUGAGUUUAUAACCAGUUUAUUUUUUGUAUAAUCCUUUUAAACUUCUACUACUACUAGUUUGAUGGUUGUAGCCAUCAACUGUUCCAUUAACAAUCACCCAUAUUAGCAAACUUAUUUCAUUUCAAACUUCACAUUUCUCUAGUAUUAAGCUACUUACCGUAAUGAACGAUAUCAGCAAAAUGCCUGCGAUAAGUGGUCGGUGUCGAUAAUGUUCGGCUUAUUGUCCCAGCUCUACCUCGAAGCCAGUUCCACUGCUUCUUUUCGUUCUUCCCCUCUAAUCAGGCUAAAUAUGGUUUCAUAUGGGCCUAGUGUGUUUCCCCUUACUACCGCAAUGAAAAUGCAGAUGAUUAUUCAUUUAUAUUCCUUACUACAUUCCUCCUGCCCAAUCAAAGGUUGGUCUUUGGAUAUGGGCAAAUCAGCUAUUUUCUGUAGUAGCCUUUUCUAUUAUACAGUAAAAAGUGUGAAGUUAAAUACAAUGUGUUUUAUUGAGUAGAGGUGUGAAUAUCAGGGACAUGUUUUUGUGCAGCACACGUGCAGAACAUAUAGAAAAUGGGGCAAACCCUGUGGUAUCACGAUACUACUCGGUAUCGUUAUACUUGGCCUGGUAUCACAUCGUUAGUAAAAUGUUGGUAUUGUGACAACCUCAUUCUGAAAAUAAGCGCACAUUUUCUUUCAGUUUCCCCAUAUUUUUCACGUGUUUCCGUGCCAAAAUAUUCUGUCACCUUUUUGGGCCCUCACCAGAUCAAAUAAAAUUGUAUUUGUCACAUUCAACGAAUACAACGGCUGUAGUAGACCUUACCGUGAAAUGAUUACAAGCCCUUAACCAACAAUGGAGUUUUAAGAAAAUAAAGAGUUAAAUAGAAUAAAUAUUAAGAGUUAUAAUAAUAAUAAUAAGAGUUAAAUAUUUACUAAAUAAGUUAAAGUAAAAAAAUGUUACAUAAUAAAAUAACAAUAACGACGAUAUAUACAGGGGGUACCGAGUCAAAUGUGCGGGGGUACAUAUUAGUCGAGGUACUUGAGGUAAUAUGUACAGUUGAAGUCUGAAGUUUACAUACACCUUUGCCAAAUACAUUUAAACUCAGUUUUUCACAAUUCCUGACAUUUAAUCCUAGUAACAAUUCCAUGUCUUAGGUCAGUUAGGAUCACCACUUUAUUUUAAGAAUGAGAAAUGUCAGAAUAAUACUAGAGAGAAUGAUUUAUUUAUUUCAUCACAUUCCCAGUGGGUCAGAAGUUUACAUACACUCAAUUAGUAUUUGGUAGCAUUGCCUUUAAAUUGUUUAACUUGGUUCAAACGUUUUGGGUACCCUUCCACGAGCUUCCCACAAUAAGUUGGCUGAAUGUUGGCCCAUUCCUCCUGACAGAGCUGGUGUAACUGAGUCAGGUUUGUAGGCCUCCUUGCUCGCACACGCUUUUUCAGUUCUGCCCACAUAUUUUCUAUAAGAUUGAGGUCAGGGCUUUGUGCUGGCCACUCCAAUACCUUGACUUUGUUGUCCUUAAGUCAUUUUGCCACAACUUUGGAAGUAUGCUUGGGGUCCAUUUGGAAGACCUAUUUGCGACCAAGCUUUAACUUCCUGACUGAUGUCUUGAGAUGUUCCUUCAAUAUAUCCACAUAAUUUUCCUUCCUCAUGAUGCCAUCUAUUUUGUGAAGUGCACCAGUCCCUCCUGCAGCAAAGCACCCCCACAGCAUGAUGCUGCCACCCCUGUGCUUCACGGUUGGGAUGGUGUUCUUCAGCUUGCAAGCCACCCCCUUUUCCCUCCAAACAUAAUGAUGGUCAUUAUGGCCAAACAGUUCUAUUUUGUUUCAUUAGACCAGAGGACAUUUCUCCAAAAAGUAUGAUCUUUGUCCCCAUGUGCAGUUGCAAACCGUAGUCUGGCUUUUUCUAUAGCGGUUUUGGAGCAGCGGCUUCUUCCUUGCUGAGCGGCCUUUCAGGUUAUGUCGAUAUGUGACUAGUUUUACUGUGGAUAUAGAUACUUUUGUACCUGUUUCCUCCAGCAUCUUCACAAGGUCCUUUGCUGUUGUUCUGGGAUUGAUUUGCACUUUUCGCACCAAAGUACGUUCAUCUCUAGGAGACAGAACGCGUCUCCUUCCUGAGCGGUAUGACGGCUGCGUGGUCCCAUGGUGUUUAUACUUGCAUACUAUUGUUUGUACAGAUGAACGUGGUACUUUCAGGCGUUUGGACAUUUUUACCAAGGAUGAACCACACUUGUGGAGGUCUACAAUUUUUUUUCUGAGGUCUUGGCUGAUUUAUUUUGAUUUUCCCAUGAUGUCAAGCAAAGAGGCACUGAGUUUGAAGGUAGGCCUUGAAAUACAUCCACAGGUACACCUCCAAUUGACUCAAAUGAUGUCAAUUAGCCUACCAGAAGCUUCUAAAGCCAUGACAUCAUUUUCUGGAAUUUUCCAAGCUGUUUAAAGGCACAGUCAACUUAGUGUAUGUAAACUUCUGACCCACUGGAAUUGUGAUACAGUGAAUUAUAAGUGAAAUAAUCUGUCUGUAAACAAUUGUUGGAAAAAUUACUUGUUUCAUGCACAAAGUAGAUGUCCUAACCGACUUGCCAACACUAUAGUUUGUUAACAAGAAAUUUGUGGAGUGGUUGAAAAAAAUGAGUUUUAAUUUGUUAGCAUCACCCUUUUCAAGAUUAACUUUCAAACUUUGUUUACAAAUGAUCAUCAUCUGGGUAGUGGCGCUGUUUUUUUGUUGCAGCUCACUUGCUGUUAGUUAUCAAAAACGAAUGACUUUGAAACAUUGUUGCAUUUAAGCUUUAGAUCACUGGUUAGUUUGAUGAAUGUGAUAAAAUAGAUUUGCAAUGGGAAGUAAUAGCUGGUUUGUUUGUUUAAUUUUGGACAUGAAAUGGUUGUGCUUUUGUAUUUGUAUGAUUUCAUGGGGCCUACUGGAGUGAAUGGGCUGCUUGUUCUUUAACAUUAUUUGAUGCUGUGUGUGACUGCUGUCACCUGUCUGUCAGCCGUGUCUGUGUUUGACCAAAAUUGGCUCCCCUUCAGCACCAUGGAGUGCACAAGUAUUACGGUCGCUGUCCUUUCAGCACCAUGAGCCUUUCACCUUUGAUGUGACACUGUUGUUGUCGCUAUUGGUGAUAGUGUGAUCGUGGUGUUGGUAAACAUAAGUUGUGUAAACGGUGCAUUGUUUUAUGCUGUGUCCAUGCCGGUUCUGUUCUCCACCGACUCUCGACAGCUAUCUAGCUAUGUUGUGCUAUUGGCGAUUCUAACCCUUUAGCUAGCGUAAGCUAGCAAGCGAACUGAAACUGGCAGUAAAGACUGGUUAGCUGACAACGUCACAAAUGAUGCGCACGCUUCAAUGUGGCAGAAGUUUGUGUGUUGUGAUUUUGGAUGGUCAGAUGGCUAGCAACAAUGUCUAGAAGCUGCCAUGUGAGGAAUCGUAGGUGGCUCGUUUCAGCUAGCUUUAUCUUGUUCUGUAUACCGUGUCUUGUUUUGACUGUCACAUCUAUGCUAAUAUGGUAAACAUUCGCUAGCUAGCUAACCAUCACCUGUAAUGAUUUAUUUGAAAGACAAUUGCUCAUUGUGCACAUUUGUUUUCAGUAAACAUUGGAGACGAAACGUAGUUUACAUGUUGUCAACAAUCUAAGCCAACUCUGUCUGUUUUGCCCCAUAUUUCUGUACGUGUUGUUUUUGAUGCUAAACAACCAACCCGUCUAUGGGAUAAUGGAGAGUGAAUUAAAUGAUUUAUUCAUCUUGCUAGAUAGCUAGCUUGGCAAAGCAUGUAGUGUUGUGUGCAUUGUGCUGCACUUACCACCCCAUUCUGUUUCAUAUGAAAUGUGUGUGACUGCCUGGCUCAGUUAGCAAGCUAAUGUUAGCUAGCUAGCUAAGUAAUUAGCAGGUGCACGUUAUCAAACUGAACCUAACAAAACAAUCCUUCUUUAAACACAAAACUCCUUAGCUAGAUGUAAAAUACUUGUAUUAUGCAGCUUUAUUGUUUUAUCACGUGGAGGUUCGUGCUCUCUUAUUGGCUCAAAUUCAGGUUCUCGGCCACUGACAAGCAUUGCGAUUCUACAAGUAUAAACGUCAGAGUCAUCGGUACCGGUUCGGUACACAGCAGGGAUGUCUUUUGUUCUAGCAAGAGAAUGAACAGUCUCCUACUGUGCUAAGUAUCUAUCGGCAGUCAGAUUUCUUGGUUUGUCUGUACCAUUAAUGGUGAAUGAAUCUCCCUCUCUGAACGUCAUCGCACACACUCGCGCGCACACACAAAAUCCUCAGCCCUAAUUAUGUUAUUACCUUGCCAAUCCUAAAUAGCCUUACCCGUCAGCUAUAAUAACAUAUCAUUACAACUGCCCUCUGAGCACAGAAAUCAUAGAAUUAGAAUUAUGACAGAAAUAACUGUCUGAGAAUGCACUGUAGGUAGAGGAGAGGAUUUUAACAAUCCAAAACCCUGUGUUUAAAGGAUUGACCUAGGUUAACCUAUACCCGUCUAGCUACACUAAGCAUUUCGUUCUGGCAUAGCUUUCUGUAUAGGAAUUAAAACAUUUUAUAUGCAACAGAUGGUUUCUGCCCACGCAGUAUAGUGGCCCUGUUUUUGGCAAAAUAUUGAUUUUCUCCAAACUCCAACAAUUCUCUAUCGCCAUACAAAGUAAGCCCACCUCUGCCCUUUUAAGUGUUGGCCGAAAGCCUUGGACCCGGGAGCGCGCUGCUCCAGGACUUUAAUACACAACUUCAGCGCACCCCAAACUUGACCCUUUUCGUUCGAUUAUUUUCCUUGCUUCCCCUGCGAUGUUUACAAAGUUGGCCGCUCAUGGUGUGUCAUUGAAUGAGCACUUUCUGCUCUUUUUUUUGCUAUUUUUCUAACUAUUAGAGAGAUAAUACAGGCUAUUGAGUGGCCAACACCGUUGGAGACUUUCAGAUACAGUCUUGUGGUCAAAACAACAUAUUUUACUGUGACCUUCAGGCCAGGACAGUUUCUCUUCCAGCACUAUUGAUACAGCUAGAGCCUUGAGGCCCAGUGAUUCAUCCUAUAGCUAUGUGACUAAACUGUACGUAUUGUAUCGACGUAUGAAAGCGUAUUAACCAGUGACUUGGUGAAGACAUUGGUGACACAGGCAUAUGACGAGCCAUGCUAUUCCUUCGGUCAUCGCUUUCAUAUAUUUGAUGCCUUUCGAGGACAAGAACCAAAGAGCCAAGACCAGGUAAUGGUCAGACGUUUUUGAAAAGGUUGUUGCGGGACACCGGUGUGUGGGUAUUCUGUUUAUUGUACUUAUAGGGUUAUCCAUACAUGUAUAACACAGCACUUGGGUAAAAUAAUGGGUGUACAUCCAACAUUAGGCUCACUUCAUGCCAUCUCAACAAAAGGCCUAUUCGCCCACUCUAUCCUGGACCCGUUUUCACACACAGCUGGUUUGAAAUUCUCUUAGGACCAAUUCAGCCGUUUUUAUCUCAAUAUCAAAUCAUUUCUAAGUAACAAUUAAGUACAGGGUUCAAUUCUUGGGCCGACACUUUUCUCCGUGUAUAUCAAUGAUGUCGCUCUUGCUGCUGGUGACUCUCAGAUCCACCUCUACGCAGACGACACCAUUUUGUAUACAUCUGGCCCUUCAUUGGACACUGUGUUAACAAACCUCCAAACGAGCUUCAAUGCCAUACAACAAUCCUUCAGUAGCCUCCAACUGCUCUUAAACACUAGUAAAACUAAAUGCAUGCUUUUCAAUCGAACGCUGCUGGCACCCGCCCACCCGACUAGAAUCACCACUCUCGACGGGUCUGACCUAGAGUAUGUGGACAACUACAAAUACCUAGGUGUCUGGUUAGACUGUAAACUCAACUUCCAGACUCACAUAAAGAAUCUCCAAUCCAAAGUUAAAUCUAGAAUCGGCUUCCUAUUUCGCAACAAAGCCUCCUUCACUCAUGCUGCCAAACAUGCCCUCGUAAAACUGACUAUCCUACCGAUCCUUGACUUCGGCGAUGUCAUUUACAAAAUAGCCUCCAACACUCUACUCAGCAAAUUGGAUGUAGUCUAUCACAGUGCCAUCCGUUUUGUCUCCAAAGCCCCAUACACUACCCACCACUGUGACCUGUACGCUCUUGUUGGCUGGUCCUCACUACAUGUUCGUCGUCAAACCCACUGGCUCCAGGCCAUCUAUAAAUCACUGCUAGGCAAAUCCCCGCCUUAUCUUAGCUCAUUGGUCACCAUAGCAGCACCCACCCGUAGUCUGCGCUCCAGCAGGUAUAUCUCACUGGUCAUUCCCAAAGCCAACACCUCCUUUGGCCGCCAUUCCUUCCAGUUCUCUGCUGCCAAUGACUGGAACGAAUUGCAAAAAUCUCUGAAGCUGGAGACUCUUAUCUCCCUCAAUAACUUUAAGCAUCAGUUGUCAGAGCACCUUACCGAUCACUGCACCUGUACACAGCCCAUCUGAAAUUAGCCCACCCAACUACCUCAUCCCUAUAUUGUUAUUUAUUUUGCUCUUUUGCACCCCAGUAUCUCUAUUUGCACAUAAUCUCUUGCACAUCUAGCAUUCCAGUGUUAAUACUAUUGUAAUUAUUCUGCACUAUAGCCUAUUUAUUGCCUUACCUCCAUAACUUGCUACAUUUGCACACACUGUAUAUAUAUUUUCUGUUGUAUUUCUGACUUUAUGUUUUUUACCCCAUAUGUAACUCUGUGUUGUUUUUUAUUCACUACUUUGCUUUAUCUUGGCCAGGUCGCAGUUGUAAAUGAGAACCUGUUCUCAACUGGCUUACCUGGUUAAAUAAAGGUGAAAUAAAAAUAAAAAUAAAACCUUCAUGUUAUUUUUUUCCAAUUAAAAUGGUCAUAAAUAAACAAAAAUAGCUUCUUAGCAAAGCACAAUUUCUCAAGUAAUCUAUCAGUUUGAAACUCUCUUUGUUAUUGGCCUAUUAACUAAUAGGCUGUCUUUUCAAGAACUGUUACACUAAACGGGCAUUGUCAUAUUUUUCACAAAUUCACAGUAUUAUUCCAACCUCAAAGUGUGGAAAUAUAAAUUAAACACAGGAAAAUCAUAUUUUUGACUGGACUGGGCCUUUAAAUAGUUACUCAUUUAGAUGGAACAAUUGAAAAGAAUAUGUCGAUAGUUACCAAAAUGAAUGAACAAACUCCUAUUCUUUGUGAACAAAAGUGAAUUUCUAUUUAUUUUUAAUUUUAUUAAUAAGUGAAUUUCUGUGCCUGUGUACAUAUUUUUCUCUACGUCCAACCAGAGAUGGGCCUAAAACCAAACCGAACACAGUCAAAAGAAAAGCAGCUGUGUCAAGCUCCUCUUUUAACCCCUUCUCUUCCCUCCUCCCCAUAGUGCCAACAGUGAAGCCGGUGCCUCUGGGGCCUGUGGCGCUGGCGGCGGUGAUCGCAGGGCCUGUGUGCGUGCUGUGCUUCGUGCUGAUGCUGGUCUUCUACAUCUGCCACAGCCGUGCGGGCAUCCACCACCGCGUGCCCAACGAGGAGGACCCCUCCAUGAACCAUCCCUUCCUCAACGUGGGCUCCACCCUCAAAGACCUCAUCUACGACAUGACCACCUCUGGCUCCGGCUCUGGUGGGUUAGGUACCCAUGGGGUGUGGGGACGGGGAUGUGUGUGUGACUGUGUUGGGGGGGGGGGGUCUCUGCUCUGCCCAUGCAGGACCGCUCAUGUUUUGUUGUAUUAUUUAAUCAUUUUUUUCUGUAUUUGUUUGUUUUAGUAGCAUUAAAGCCUUUAGGUGUGUGCCUUUAUCUGCUCAGGCAUGGCUACUCAUGUUGUGUUGCUUCUUUGUUUGGCUGUGUGUGUGCAAUUGGUAUGAGCGUGCAAUUGUUCAGUGCGCUUACCAGCAUGCGUCUAGGUGUAAGUGUGUGCCUGUGCUUGUGUGAAUAACUCAGUGUGUGCGUAGCUACAGAACUUAGAGAGAUACCCCGCUGUGAGAUGACGGGGGAGAUCAAGUCAGGGAGAAGUGACUCCCUCCCGCCCUCAGUGAGUGUGUAGUGAAAGCAGCGGUUAUCUUAUCGGUCUCUAGCUCAGCCUUAGCUGUGGCGUAAUGGGAGCGGUGCGGGCCAGGGCUCUAAUGACAGGAUGGCGCUGACACAGAGUGGCUGUAAAGCUGCUCUCACCCCCAGACGCCAGCCCUGCCAGCCAGGAGACGUGGUGAGAGAACUGGCACGCGGACACCUUGUCGUCUUGUUCCGACCAGCAAUUAACAGCUCACUAUCAGGACUGGCAGAGAAAUCCACACCUCUAGGCUACCUGGAUUUGAUUCAGAAUCAACUUCCUGGGUCAUUUUUGUGCAAAAGUGUGAAUAGAUUUUUGGAUUAUGAUUUGUAGGAUUUUCCACUAUAGGACAACGUUGAUUUGAACUUUCUGCAAGAUAUCAAAAAUGGCAGACCGGCUAAGUCCACAGUCAAACUGAAUUUGACAAACUUGUCAGUGUUUCCUUUUUUCCGGCUUUUAGAGUGGAUUUUUCAUUUUGACAAUGGGAUCUUAAAUUACCCUGCUUAAUGUGUUGCUCUUUAUCGAGGCAGGUGGAUAAAUCCACUGUCUGCCUGAAUUAAGUACACAUGAACAUAAAGGAUGUGGAGCACAGCACAGACGAAAGAGUUUCAAAAGUAGGAUUUAUAUUUAGGGGUCUACUACACUAAUGGAAAAACUAAGGCACUCACAGUCCACUCAUGCAGCAUGUAGACUAAAAUAUUAUUUUCCAGCCCAGGACGUCACGGCACACGUCUACUGAACAUCAGACCCUGCUAGGAUCAUAGUGACCCCAUCUGUCUCCUCCCUGCUCUCCUCUCUCCACAUACACCUAGCUAUCCCACCACAACCUACGCUCCAUUUGGCUUCUAACGGCCAUGACCUCCGCAGCCUCUACAGCCUGGCUAUUUCUGCUGCUGCUAGUACCAGCAGCUUUCAACUCCUCAACCCCUCCCUGCAGGCCCCACAGUAAAUAACUGACUGUCCAGCUGGUGAAAUAAAGAGAGCGGUAGAUAUAUUUACCCAGGAGCACAACUCUGUCCUGUUUGUGAAUUGUUUGAAUAUGUUUAAGAUUUUUAUUUUAUUACUUUGAUGAAUAUUGUCCGAAGAGCUGCAGCACAGACAAUUAACCAAUCACUUUUUACACUGACGUUUGUUUCAGGUCAUUUUCAUGACGUCGUCCUUUGGAUUGCUUUUCAUUUAUGGAGUCUUUCUGUUGUUACUAUGUACAUUGCUAGCGAGUGACCAGUCCCUUUUGUAGGGCAUUUCUAAACCAUCUUUUUCCUAACAGGUCUGCCCCUGCUGGUACAGAGGACCAUAGCCCGGACCAUCAUCCUCCAGGAGAGCAUUGGGAAGGGCCGCUUUGGUGAAGUGUGGCGGGGGAAGUGGCGAGACGAGGAGGUGGCAGUCAAGAUCUUCUCGUCCCGUGAGGAGCGCUCGUGGUUCCGCGAGGCCGAGAUCUACCAGACAGUCAUGCUCCGUCACGAGAAUAUCCUGGGCUUCAUCGCCGCCGACAACAAAGGUACGACCAAUCACAGCUCACCUCUAAAGAGUAGAAUCACUUUUGAACGGGCACAUUUAUUGAUUAGAGCCUCUUUUUUUUUUGGCCGGACCUUAAGGUUUGUAGUGCCUCUCUGUUAGGGUUUAGCAUAAGGUAGACUGCUGGCAUGUCAGUAAGGCAGAUUGUUCUGGUGUGGGCUUGUAAGGGUUUAAGAACCAUGAGAAGGGUCAUACCAGCAUAUUUGGAUGCAGUCUAGUGAUCUCAGUGCAGAAAACCUGCUAGCGAGCCAGGGGUGUGUGUUUCUAGAGUUGGGGCGGUGGUUGUGCUCAGUCCAACUGCUCUGAGCUCUCUGGCCAUCUGGAGGUAACAUCACAUUGCACUGAGGAGAACUCUCUGUCUCUGUCUCUGUCUCUGUCUCUCUCUGUCUCUCUCUGUCUCUCUGUCUCUGUGUUUUUCUCUCCAUCACUCAUCUUACUCUACUUUAUCUCUCUGUACCUGUAUCUCUCUCCCCUCCCUAUUUCUGUCCCCCCCUUCUCUUUCCAGAUAACGGGACAUGGACCCAGCUGUGGCUGGUGUCAGACUACCAUGAGCAUGGCUCUUUGUUUGACUACCUGAACCGCUACACCGUCACCGUGGAGGGCAUGAUCAAACUUUCCCUGUCCACCGCCAGCGGCCUGGCCCACCUCCACAUGGAGAUUGUUGGCACGCAAGGUGAGUGACAGCCAUGUUGACCAAUCAGUGACUGGUGACAGCAACACCCACCAAUCAGCGACUGAGGACUUUACUGUUUGUCAAGAGAUGGGAGUCGGAACAUUUGCCUUUUGGCUUCACGUCGAAUAGUAAUGUGUUACCAAAUCAUAUAUUGUGUCACAUAUACUGUCUGUAACAUAUGUACCAAUCGACAUGCAUACAAUAAUUCCAUAUGUACAUUUGUACUCUAAUCAUAAUGUUCACACAUUAGGUUUGUAUCAAGGACAUGGAAAGGGGAAGUUGGAAGUUUGACUAUGAUGACAAGCAGGUCCACUCACCACCGUAGGGAAAUUUACACAGGAAGCUUCCCUACUUACACAGGAACCACCCCCUGGUUAUUGAGAGGAGAGCAUAUUCUCAGUAAAGCAUAUUCUCACCACCCUCUCUCUCUUCUCCCUCUCUCCUCCCACUCUUUCUCUUCUCCCACUCUCUCUCUUUUUCUCUUUCUCUCUCUCCCUGUUCUCUCUUUCUCCCUCUCUCUUCUCCCCUCUCUCUCCCUCUCUCUUCUUCCUCUCUCUCUCUCUCUCUCCUCCUACCACUCUCUCUCUUCUCCCACUUUCUCUCUCUUCUCCCACCCUCUCUUUCUUCUCCCACUCUCAUCUCCCACUCUCUCUCUUCUCUCUCUCUCACUCUCUCUCUCCUCCCACUCUCUCUCUCCCCCCAUAAAUUCCAGGGAAGCCGGCCAUUGCCCACAGGGACCUGAAAUCUAAGAACAUCCUGGUGAAGAAGAGCGGGACUUGCUGCAUCGCCGACCUGGGCCUGGCCGUGCGCCACGACUCCGCCACUGACACCAUUGACAUCGCUCCCAACCACAGAGUAGGAACCAAAAGGUAACUGGACCCCCUAUUCGUGCUCCGCUGCCCUCUUAUGCCUGUUAUUUGGGCUGGCUAUGUGAUAUGAUUGAGCUACCAUGCCGGCUCUUUGAUGUGGUUAGUGGCGACUUCAAACUACUCCCCCCUCGACGAUGGAACAGGAAUCAAAAGGUAAUAGGAGCCCUUUGGCGGCCAUUCCGGCUCCACGAGCUGUCAUUGGCUGUGGUGAGAUGGGAGGUGGAGGUGCCUUUUAAACUGUUCGUCCAUUCUGGCUCUAGAGUGCUGCCAAGCCCCCAACCACAGAGUGGGAAACUCAAAGGUAACUGGAGUCCCCUGGGGCGGCCUCUUUCGAGUCGUCAUUCAAAGUGACUGGAGACAUCACCCCGACUCCCAGCUCCAACAGCUGCCACUGGCCGCAAUAGGUGAAGGUGCAGUGAAAUCGGUAGCAGGGAGGGAGGGAAGCAGCGGGGGAAGGGAGAGAAGGAGGAAAGGAGAGGAGGAGGAGUACACGGCGUGAGUAAUCACAUGGAAACACGCUGCCCAUACAAUUGCGCUGUCUCUCCCUAACUGCAGCAGCAACAAUUAAGUUUUAUGUCUUGUUUCAAAGUAGCCUAGCCAAAAUACAACCUUAGAAAUGUUGAGGGAAUUAUUUUAUAAGCCCAUAAUAUUGAUGGGGCCAGGGUCGAUGGCAUUAGCACAGUUUACUAUGGUCAUUGUCGUUAGGUGGUGGAUUGAUUAGUUCACUGACACAUUGGUGGUGGUAGAUAAUGUGAAGCGCAUUAAAGCCUUUGAGUUUUUCUGGCAUAGCGCGGGAGACCCCCUUCUUUCUCUUUGGGGCAGGCGGGUGGUUAUGUUGUGUUGUGGUCCUGGCUGGCUCUGUGUGUCUGUCUGCUCGGCUGACCCACUGGAAUCUGUGGGGCUUAAUGAGGCUCACGGCUCUGGGACUUCACCCUCCUCUGGAACGCCUCGAAUCUGGGAUUCCCUUCUUUGAGAUUAGAGAUUGUCCUUUCUCUAUCGACAGGGUUAGAGAUAUUGCCCCUAGACACUGAUCUGUCAGUUUUGUGUUUGAGGUCUAAUGGUGCAGGUUAGAAUCUGGAGGAGGGGAAACUGAUUGUAGAUCUGUGCCAGCAACUUCCAACUGGAGAGAUUUGCUGGUUAUCAAGAAUGUUGUUCAUCUACAAAUGCUGAGGAGGAUACUGUUUCAUAUCUCUCUGAAAAGCUGUGUUGGGAAAUCACGCCUGGCUGCCUAGCAGAGGAUGCAAUCAGUUUUGUUGUGGUUUCUUUUUUUAAAUGAAUUAAAGACAGAGGAACGAUUGCAUCUUUGAUGCCUCGGAGUGUGUUGGGCAAAUAUUAAUUAACUUCAAACUGCUCUAUGAUAUAAGUGCUUCCGAAAUGUUCUCAAUUGAGCGGGGUGUUUGUUGGCGUAUUGCCACCAGAUCUAAUAUUGCAAGGGAAGGACUUUGAUGGUUUUUGUCAGUAUGAAACUCCAGCUCAAGGAGUUCAAUGAAGACAUUGUGGAAGGUUGUGAAUUAGACUUGUGAAUGGAAUGCUGCAUAAGACGUGUGUGUGUGUGUGUGUGUGCGGUCAGUCUACUGUAUUAUCUAACCAACCUUGUCAUCUCUCUCUCCAGGUAUAUGGCACCAGAGGUGCUAGACGACUCGAUAAACAUGAAGCAUUUUGAGUCGUUUAAGAGGGCAGAUAUCUACGCCAUGGGCUUGGUGUUCUGGGAGAUAGCCAGUAGAUGCUCUCUGGCAGGUACGUGUGUUGGUCCCCCUAUAGUCACUCAGUUAUGAACUUCCCUUGAUUUAAUAACUUCAGUAGUGGUAAUUAAUUAUUGUCUAUUGCCCUCGAUAACAACAGUUGGUGAGUAAUAUGAUGAUGGCGCAUAGCAAGUUUAUUUGUUCAUUAGCUAAUUCUCUGGCUCUGUUGGCUUAUCACUGUAUAUACAAAUCACAUACAUUUCAUUGAAGUACAUGAGCUACUUCGUCUAUGAUGUAUACUGUGCAGAGGACAAACACAUUUUCCCUUGAGUGAUAAAACACUUUUAAUGUAAUGCGUUGUACUUACUGUCAGCGAUUGUGAUGUAUUUUAACGCGUCUGACGUGAUUUGCGUCAGGCAUCGUUGAAGACUACCAGCUGCCAUACCAUGACCUGGUGCAGUCAGACCCCUCUGUGGAGGAGAUGAGGAGGGUGGUGUGUGAACAGAAGCUACGACCCAACAUUCCAAACCGGUGGCAGAGCUGUGAGGUACGUAACACGCACGCACGCACACACACUGGACCUUCAUACCAUAAAAAAUGCUGAUCUUUUGAUUGCUUUGUUUUUAAACCGUUCACAUUCCAAGUUCUGAGGCACGACUCGCCUUAAGAAAUGUGUAGUAGUCUUCUCUUUGUGAUGCAGCCAUAAAAACUAGCCAAUUUCAUCAACUGAAAAUCCACGUGAGAGGAUUCUCUCCAGAUAGUCUUUCCGAACUACUAUCUGUCUCUGUCUCACGACAUGGUGCGUUUAAACCAAGAACGAUCACAGCCCACAAACCUGAAACUCUCCCAUGCGUCCAUCUCAAUAAGACUCAGGUGUCACAGAAGCUAGUGUUUCCCUCUCUCCUCAUUAUAACCACAGUCCCUCCCUCCUCAGAGAGUAACCAUCCACCCUAAGGGGAAGAAAGUGUGCUGCGUCUCUCCCUCCCUCUCCCCCUCUCUCAAGCUUCCCUCCUUCACGACAUCACACUCUGUUUACAAGGCUCUCUUUCUGUCUUUUCCUUCCUUCCUUCCUUCCUUCCUUCCUUCCUUCCUUCCUUCCUUCCUUCCUUCCUUCCUUCCUUCCUUCCUUCCUUCCUUCCUGUCUUUACAUCCUCUUUCUCUCCCUCUUUCUGUUUAUAGGUGUCCCUGUUUAUUGCCUGGAAAACUGAACAAUUACAUUAGCGCCAAUCCACAGUAAUACAAUCUUGUAAUCUAAUCUGUCCAGUAUGACCAGGCCUCAAUGGCUGCCAAGCUGUUGUGACCGAGCUGCACCUGCCAUUCAACACAACACAGUGAGAAGACACUGAUCGAUCAACCGGAGAGAUCUAUGUCCCUGAUACCAAAAUAAUAGUCUAAUAGUCUAAUAUUUCUGCCUUGGCCAGAACAGGUUGUUUGCUGAGUUGUCCACCAUACCUUUUUAUUGAAAGAUUCUUUAUAAUUUAGAUGAAUACAUACAUACAAUCUAUGGCAACACAAAUAUUAAGCAAUGUAGCAAGUCAGUACCAAUUGACCACACAUACAGUACAACUAACACAACAUGUCAAGACAUACAGUGCAUUCGGAAAGUAUUCAGACCCCUUGACUUUUUCCACGUUUUGUUACGUUACAGCCUUACUCUAGAAUUUAUGAAAUUGUUUUUUUUCCCUCAUCAAUCUACACACAAUACCCCAUAAUGACAAAGCAAAAACAUUUGUUUAGAAAUUUUUGCAAAUGUAUUACAAAUAAAAAACUAUCACAUUUACAUAAGUAUUCAGACCCUUUACUCAGUACUUUGUUGAAGCACCUUUGGCAGUGAUUACAGCUCGAGUCUUCUUGGGUAUGACGCUACCAAUUGAUCACACAUACAGUACAUCUAACACAACAUGUCAAGACAUACAUACAGGUCUGGUUUCCCAGAAACAGAUUAAGCCAAGUCUUGGACUAAGAAACGCUUUCAAUGGAGAAUCUCCAUUUAACAUGCUAGGCCUAGCAUAAACCAUCCCAAAAUUGAAAUAUACAGCCAGAAGAAAGUCAUUCUCCUCUUCUCUUCUCUCCCGGGUGUUAAUUGAGGCUAGCUACGGCUGAGGGGGCGGUGGUUUAAUGUGCCAACGGGCAGAUGGUGUCUCAGCGGCCGCCGCUCGUUCACAGGUCAGGCCGUAAACACAGAUGCCUUUUGUUGAGACUGGCGUGUUGCACCACCACGGUGAGUCAGCCACGCCCUGCCAACAACAAUACGACCUGGAAGAGGGUAGAGGAGGACUGAGAGGAGGAGUGUGUCUGGUAGGAUAGAACAGAGAACAGUGAGGGACCACCUUGUGCCACACUCUCCAAACAGACAGUGGUGUAGUUUAUUAUGAGCUCCACACACAUAACAGAGGUACAGAUUACCCUGUAAUGACUUCUCAGAGGACUUCCGUCGCAGACAGACCAAACAGCUUCUUAUGUUCAUACAGGUAGUCCGGCCGUCAAGGGUAGCGUUGGUAUUCUGUGAGAGACACUUUGUUUUCACUGAGACAGGCAGAGCGUGACAUGUGGAGAGCCUUCCCGGCCUUGUUUCGUGUCUGACAGCAUGACCCUGAAAAACAUUUACAUUUACAUUUACAUUUUAGUCAUUUAGCAGACGCUCUUAUCCAGAGCGACUUACAGGAGCAAUUAGGGUUAAGUGCCUUGCUCAAGGGCACAUUAACGUCAUUUAGCAGACGCUCUUAGCCAGAGCGACUCACAAAUUGGUGCGUUCACCCUAUAGCCAGUGGGAUAACCACUUUACAAUUGGGAUAACCACUUUACAAUUGGUAAACCACUCUGACUGUCUCACCGCAAGCUAUCAGUUCAGGGAGUUGUGUGUUGGGUGUGUGUGUCUAGUCAGUUUGCACAUAGUGUGUGUAGUGGUUGUGUGUGUAUUCGGUUUGCAUACUGCGUGUGUACGUGCAGUAAAGUACAAACACACACCCCUCGGGGCUCUUUAGCUAGCUAUCUGUUAGUCACUGGGGCUUUCCUGUGGUUUCCAGCCCACAGCCCCACAGGGCCUUGUGAACUCACCAGAUAACAUCUCCCUUGUGCAUUCUUCUCACACGACUCAACCCUCUCCUGUUUCCCACUCUGGAGAAUAAUCCUCUUAGCCAGUCCAUCUGUAUCAUCAGAACCACACGUUGGGUAUGAAAAGUCUGGUCAAUAAAUCAAAUCAAAUCAAAUUUUAUUGGUCACAUACACGUGUUUAGCAGAUGUUAUUGCGGGUGUAGCGAAAUGCUUGUGUUUCUAGCUCCGACAGUGCAGUAAUAUCUAACAAGGAAUAUCUAACAAUUUCAGAACAUAUACCCAAUGCACACAAAUCUAAGUAAAGCAAUGGAAUUAAGAAUAUAUACAUAAAUAUAUGGACGAGCAAUGUCAGAGCGGCAUUGACUAAGAUACAGUAGAAUAGUAUAGAAUAUAGUAUAUACAUAUGAGAUGUGUAAUACAAGAAAUGUAAACAUUAUUAAAGUGACUAGUGUUCAAUUUAUUCAAGUGGCCAGUGAUUUCUAAUCUAUGUAUAUAGGCUAGUGAAGGCUAUUUAACAGUCUGAUGGCCUUUAGAUAGAAGCUGUUUUUCAGUCUCUCUGUCCCAGCUUUGAUGCACCCGUACUGACCUCACCUUCUGGAUGAUAGCAGGGUGAACAGGCAGUGGCUAGGGUGGUUGUUGUCCUUGAUGAUCUUUUUGGCCUUCCUGUGACAUCUGGUGCUGUAGGUGUCCUGGAGGGCUGGUAGUUUGCCCCCGGUGAUGCGUUGGGCAGACCGCACCACCCUCUGGAGAGCCCUGCGGUUGUAGGCGGUGCAGUUGCCGUACCAGGCGGUGAUACAGCCCGACAGGAUGCUCUCAAUUGUACAUCUGUAAAAGUUUGUGAGGGUUUCGCCUUCUUCACCACACUGUCUGUGUGGGUGGACAAUUUCAGUUUGUCAGUGAUGUGUACGCAAGGAACUUUACGCUUUCUACCUUCUCCACUUCGGUCCCGUCGAUGUGGUUAGAGGGGUGUUCCCUCUGCUGUUUCCUGAAGUCCACGAUCAUCUCCUUUGUUUUGUUGACGUUGAGUGAGAGGUUAUUUUCCUGGCACCACACUCACAGAGCCCUCACAUCCUCCCUGUAGGCUGUCUCGUCAUUGUUGGUAAUCAAGCCUACUACUGUUGUGUCGUCUGCCAACUUGAUGAUUGAGUUCGAGGUGUGCUUGGCCACGCAGUCAUAGGUGAACAGGGAGUACAGUAGGGGGCUGAGCAUGCACCCUUGUGGGGCCCCAGUGUUGAGGAUCAGCGAAGUGGAGGUGUUGUUUCCUACCUUCACCACCCGGGGGCUUCCCGUCAGGAAGUCCAGGACCAAGUUGCACAGGGCGGGGUUCAGACCCAGGGCCUCAAGCUUAAUUAUGAGCUUGGAGGAUACUAUGGUGUUAAAUGCUGAGCUAUAGUCAAUGAACAGCAUUCUUACAUAUUAUUCCUCUUGUCCAGAUGGGAUAGUGCAGUGUGAUGGCGAUUGCAUCGUCUGUGGAUCUAUUAGGGCGGCAAGCAAAUUGAAGUGGGUCUAGGGUGGCAGGUAAGGUAGAGGUGAUAUUAUCCUUGACUAGUCUCUCAAAGCACUUCAUGAUGACAGAAGUGAGUGCUACGGGGCAAUAGUCAUUUAGUUCAGUUACCUUUGCUUUCUUGGGUACAGGGACAAUGAUGGCCAUCUUGAAGCAAGUGGGGACAGCAGACUGGGAUAGGGAGAGAUUGAAUAUGUCCGUAAACACACCAGCCAGCUGGUCUGCGCAAGCUCUGAGGACGCGGCUAGGGAUGUCAUCUGGGUCGGCAGCCUUGAGAGGGUUAACAUGCUUAAAUGUCUUACUCACGUCGGCCACGGAGAAGGAGAGCCCACAGUUCUUGGUAGCGGGACGCGUCAGUGGCACUGUAUUAUCCUCAAAGCGGGCGAAAAAGGUGUUACGCUUGUCCGGAAGCAAGACGUCGGUGUCCGCGACGUGGCUGGUUUUCCUUUUGUAGUCCGUGAUUGUCGGUAGACCCUGCCACAUAUGUCUCGUGUCUGAGCCAUUUAAUUGCGACUCCACUUUGUCCCUAUACUGACGUUUUGCCUGUUUGAUUGCCUUGCGGCGGGAAUAACUACACUGUUUGUAUUCUGCCAUAUUCCCUGUCACCUUGCCAUGGUUAAAUGCGGUGGUUUGCGCUUUCAGUUUUGCGCGAAUGCUGCCAUCUAUCCACAGUUUCUGGUUAGAGUAGGUUUUAAUAGUCACAGUGGGUACAACAUCUCCUAUACACUUUCUGAUAAACUCAGUCACCGUAUCAGUAUAUAUGUCGAUAUUGUUCUCUGAAGCUACCCGGAACAUACCACAGUCCACAUGAUCAAAACAAUCUUGAAGCGUGGAUUCCAAUUGGUCAGACCAGCGUUGAAUAGUCCUUAGCACGGGUACUUCCUGUUUGAGUUUCUGCCUAUAUGAAGGGAGGAGCAAAAUGGAGUCGUGGUCAGAUUUGCCGAAAGGAGGGCGGGGAAGGCCUUGUAUGCAUCCCGGAAGUUGGAGUAGCAGUGGUUGAGUGUUUUAGCAGCGCAAGUACUACAGUCGAUUCUUCUCACACGACUCAACCCUCUCCUGUUUCCCACUCUGGAGAAUAAUCCUCUUAGCCAGUCCAUCUGUAUCAUCAGAACCACACGUUGGGUAUGAAAAGUCUGGUCAAUAAAUCAAAUCAAAUCAAAUUUUAUUGGUCACAUACACGUGUUUAGCAGAUGUUAUUGCGGGUGUAGCGAAAUGCUUGUGUUUCUAGCUCCGACAGUGCAGUAAUAUCUAACAAGGAAUAUCUAACAAUUUCAGAACAUAUACCCAAUGCACACAAAUCUAAGUAAAGCAAUGGAAUUAAGAAUAUAUACAUAAAUAUAUGGACGAGCAAUGUCAGAGCGGCAUUGACUAAGAUACAGUAGAAUAGUAUAGAAUAUAGUAUAUACAUAUGAGAUGUGUAAUACAAGAAAUGUAAACAUUAUUAAAGUGACUAGUGUUCAAUUUAUUCAAGUGGCCAGUGAUUUCUAAUCUAUGUAUAUAGGCUAGUGAAGGCUAUUUAACAGUCUGAUGGCCUUUAGAUAGAAGCUGUUUUUCAGUCUCUCUGUCCCAGCUUUGAUGCACCCGUACUGACCUCACCUUCUGGAUGAUAGCAGGGUGAACAGGCAGUGGCUAGGGUGGUUGUUGUCCUUGAUGAUCUUUUUGGCCUUCCUGUGACAUCUGGUGCUGUAGGUGUCCUGGAGGGCUGGUAGUUUGCCCCCGGUGAUGCGUUGGGCAGACCGCACCACCCUCUGGAGAGCCCUGCGGUUGUAGGCGGUGCAGUUGCCGUACCAGGCGGUGAUACAGCCCGACAGGAUGCUCUCAAUUGUACAUCUGUAAAAGUUUGUGAGGGUUUCGCCUUCUUCACCACACUGUCUGUGUGGGUGGACAAUUUCAGUUUGUCAGUGAUGUGUACGCAAGGAACUUUACGCUUUCUACCUUCUCCACUGCGGUCCCGUCGAUGUGGUUAGAGGGGUGUUCCCUCUGCUGUUUCCUGAAGUCCACGAUCAUCUCCUUUGUUUUGUUGACGUUGAGUGAGAGGUUAUUUUCCUGGCACCACACUCACAGAGCCCUCACAUCCUCCCUGUAGGCUGUCUCGUCAUUGUUGGUAAUCAAGCCUACUACUGUUGUGUCGUCUGCCAACUUGAUGAUUGAGUUCGAGGUGUGCUUGGCCACGCAGUCAUAGGUGAACAGGGAGUACAGUAGGGGGCUGAGCAUGCACCCUUGUGGGGCCCCAGUGUUGAGGAUCAGCGAAGUGGAGGUGUUGUUUCCUACCUUCACCACCCGGGGGCUUCCCGUCAGGAAGUCCAGGACCAAGUUGCACAGGGCGGGGUUCAGACCCAGGGCCUCAAGCUUAAUUAUGAGCUUGGAGGAUACUAUGGUGUUAAAUGCUGAGCUAUAGUCAAUGAACAGCAUUCUUACAUAUUAUUCCUCUUGUCCAGAUGGGAUAGUGCAGUGUGAUGGCGAUUGCAUCGUCUGUGGAUCUAUUAGGGCGGCAAGCAAAUUGAAGUGGGUCUAGGGUGGCAGGUAAGGUAGAGGUGAUAUUAUCCUUGACUAGUCUCUCAAAGCACUUCAUGAUGACAGAAGUGAGUGCUACGGGGCAAUAGUCAUUUAGUUCAGUUACCUUUGCUUUCUUGGGUACAGGGACAAUGAUGGCCAUCUUGAAGCAAGUGGGGACAGCAGACUGGGAUAGGGAGAGAUUGAAUAUGUCCGUAAACACACCAGCCAGCUGGUCUGCGCAAGCUCUGAGGACGCGGCUAGGGAUGUCAUCUGGGUCGGCAGCCUUGAGAGGGUUAACAUGCUUAAAUGUCUUACUCACGUCGGCCACGGAGAAGGAGAGCCCACAGUUCUUGGUAGCGGGACGCGUCAGUGGCACUGUAUUAUCCUCAAAGCGGGCGAAAAAGGUGUUACGCUUGUCCGGAAGCAAGACGUCGGUGUCCGCGACGUGGCUGGUUUUCCUUUUGUAGUCCGUGAUUGUCGGUAGACCCUGCCACAUAUGUCUCGUGUCUGAGCCAUUUAAUUGCGACUCCACUUUGUCCCUAUACUGACGUUUUGCCUGUUUGAUUGCCUUGCGGCGGGAAUAACUACACUGUUUGUAUUCUGCCAUAUUCCCUGUCACCUUGCCAUGGUUAAAUGCGGUGGUUUGCGCUUUCAGUUUUGCGCGAAUGCUGCCAUCUAUCCACAGUUUCUGGUUAGAGUAGGUUUUAAUAGUCACAGUGGGUACAACAUCUCCUAUACACUUUCUGAUAAACUCAGUCACCGUAUCAGUAUAUAUGUCGAUAUUGUUCUCUGAAGCUACCCGGAACAUACCACAGUCCACAUGAUCAAAACAAUCUUGAAGCGUGGAUUCCAAUUGGUCAGACCAGCGUUGAAUAGUCCUUAGCACGGGUACUUCCUGUUUGAGUUUCUGCCUAUAUGAAGGGAGGAGCAAAAUGGAGUCGUGGUCAGAUUUGCCGAAAGGAGGGCGGGGAAGGCCUUGUAUGCAUCCCGGAAGUUGGAGUAGCAGUGGUUGAGUGUUUUAGCAGCGCAAGUACUACAGUCGAUGUGUUGAAAGAACUUCGGCAACCUUUACCUCAAAUUUGCUUUGUUAAAAUCCCCAGAUACAAUAAAUGCAGCCUCAGGAUAUGGUGUUUCCAGUUUGCAUAGAGUCCAGUGAAGUUUUAUGAGGGCCGUCGUGGUAUCGGCUUGAGGGGGGAUAUACACGGCCGUGACUAUAACCAAAUAAAAUUAUCUUGGGAGAUAAUACGGUUGGCAUUUGAUUGUGAGGUAUUCUAGGUCGGGUGAACAAAAGGACUUGAGUUCCUUUAUGUUAUCACAAUUACACCAUGAGUUGUUCAUCAUAAAACAUACACCUCUGCCCUUCUGCUUCCCGGAUAGAUAUUUAUUCCUGUCUGCGCGAUGAACUGAGAACCCAACUGACUGGAUCGACUCGGACAGUAUAUCCCAAGAGAGCCAUGUUUCCGUGAAACAGAGUAUGUUACAAUCCCUGAUGUCUCUUUGGAAAGAAACCCUCGCCCUGAGCUCGUCCACUUUAUUAUCCAGGGACUGAACAUUAGCGAGUAAUAUACUCGGAAGCAGUGGAUGAUGUGCACGCCUCCUAAGUCGGACUAGAAGGCCGCUCCGAGGACCUCUGGAAUCGGUUAAAUUGCCCUGGGGGGUGCGAACAAAUGAUCCGCUUCAGGAAAGUCAUAUUCCUGGUUGUAAUGCUGGUAGUGCUGGUGAGUUACUGCCGCUCUGAUAUCCAAUAGUUCUUCCCGGCUGUAUGUAAUAACACAAACAAUUUUCUGGGCUAAUAACUUAAGAAAUAAUACAUAAAAAAACGAAAUACUGCAAAAGUUUCCUAAGAUGGCACCGUAUUUCCAGAGCCCCCUGGUCCAAAGUAGUGCACUAUAUCAAAAGUAGUCCACUAUGUACAGUUGAAGUCGGAAGUUUACAUACACUUAGGUUGGAGUCAUUAAAACUUGUUUUUCAACCACUCCACAAAUUUCUUGUUAACAAACUUUCGUUUUCGCAAAUCAGUUAGGACAUCUAAUUUGUGCAUGACACAAGUGAUUUUUCCAACAAUUAUUUACAGACAGAUUAUUUCACUUAUAAUUCACUGAAUCACAAUUCCAGUGGGUCAGAAGUUUAUAUACACUAAGUUGACGGUGCCUUUAAACAACUUGGAAAAUUCCUGAAAAUUAUGCCGUGGCUUUAGAAGCUUCUGAUAUGCUAAUUGACAUCAUUUGAGUCAAUUGGAGGUGUACUUGUGGAUGUAUUUCAAGGCCUACCUUCAAACUCAGUGCCUCUUUGCUUGACAUCAUGGGAAAAUCAAAAGAAGUCAGCCAAGACCUCAGAAGAAAAUUGUAGACCUCCACAAGUCUGGUUCAUCCUUGGGAGCAAUUUCCAAAUGCCUGAAGGUACCACAUUCAUCUGUACAAACAAUAGUACGCAAGUAUAAACACCAUGGGACCAUGCAGCCGUCAUACCGCUCAGGAAGGAGACGAGUUCUGUCUCCUAGAGAUGAACGUACUUUGGUGCGAGAAGUGCAAAUCAAUCCCAGAACAACGGCAAAGGACCUUGUGAAGAUGCUGGAGGAAACAGGUACAAAAGUAUCUAUAUCCACAGUAAAACGAGUCCUAUAUCCACAUAACCUGAAAGGCCGCUCAGCAAGGAAGAAGCCACUGCUCCAAAACCACCAUAAAAAAGCCAGACUACGGUUUGCAACUGCACAUGGGGACAAAUAUCAUACUUUUUGGAGAAAUGUCCUCUGGUCUAAUGAAACAAAAACCGAACUGUUGGCCAUAAUGACCAUCGUUAUGUUUGGAGGAAAAAGGAGGUAGCUUGCAAGCCGAAGAACACCAUCCCAACCGUGAAGCACGGAGGUGGCAGCAUCAUGCUGUGGGUGUGCUUUGCUGCAGAAAGGACUGGUGCACUUCACAAAAUAGAUGGCAUCAUGAGGAAGGAAAAUUAUGUGGAUAUAUUGAAGCAACAUCUCAAGACAUCAGUCAGGAAGUUAAAGCUUGGUCGCAAAUGGGUCUUCCAAAUGGACAAUGACCCCAAGCAUACUUCCAAAGUUGUGGCAAAAUGGCUUAAGGACAACAAAGUCAAGGUAUUGGAGUGGCCAUCACAAAGCCCUGACCUCAAUCCUAUAGAGAAUGUGUGGGCAGAACUGAAAAAGCGUAUGCGAGCAAGGAGGCAUACAAACCUGACUCAGUUACACCAGGUCUGUCAGGAGGAAUGGGCCAACAUUCACCCAACUUAUUGUGGGAAGCUUGUGGAAGGCUACCCAAAACAUUUGACCCAAGUUAAACAAUGUAAAGGCAAUGCUACUAAAUACUAAUUGAGUGUAUGUAAACUUCUGACCCACUGGGAAUGUGAUGAAAGAAAUAAAAGCUGAAAUAAAUAAUUCUCUCUAAUAUUAUUCUGACAUUUCACAUUCUUAAAAUAGUGGUGAUCCUAACUGACCUAAGACAGGGAAUUGUUACUAGGAUUAAAUGUCAGGAAUUGUGAAAAACUGAGUUUAAAUGUAUUUGGCUAAGGUAUAUGUAAACUUCCGACUUCAACUGUAGGUAAUAGGGUACCGUUCCAGACAUAUGCACACUUAGUCAUUUCUAGGUGUCAGGAUUAGGCCGUGUUCUGGCCUUGAGUCCAUUCAGGCAGACAAAGCAGAGAGCGCUGUGAAUGCUUCUUAAAGCAGUUGCCAGUGUGGAGACUAGCUGCUGAAAAGGCCCUGCUGGAUGUGAUUCAGUGUAAUGUAUGUUUGUCAACAGACUGCAACAGAUUGUGGGGGAGUGAGGGACCAUGGUGGGCUGCUCUGCUCUGCUACUACUGUGCCAGACUUCUCCCACAACCAGGCUAUCACUAAUACUAUUACUGAAUAGGGAAGAGAAGAGUAUUAGAUCAAUGGGGAUUUGUGAUGUUUUGAGUCCCAACUGUAUUGAAUGUCCCAAGGUCUCAUCAAGUGAACUUUGGUAAUGCAACAGCUUCUGAAACAAUGGUAGUUCAUGCUGUGUUUCUCUCUAGCCUGUCUCUUACAGUCUUAUCCAUAGGGUAUUGAUUGAAUAAUUUAUUUUAUUUCCAUGUCGGACACCAAUUGGUGCCCAUCCCAUAUGGGGUUAUAAGACACAAUAUCAAGUAUCUGUGCACAAAACUAUUUUUUUAAAAACAUUAAACAAACUGAAUGCAUUUCACAAUUAAAUGCAUAAUUAGCAAUCAUAAAUAUUUUAACGUCAUUAAAAUAAUCUGUGUAAAAUUGAGCAUUGUGUAAGUGAAAAUGUAAGCGUUUACUGUUGACAUUGGUAGCGAAUACAGUGCUAGAACAAGUGAGUAAUCAUGCUCGAACAGUUCCACACUAAGAAUGACUUGGUCUCUGUGGUUAAACAUGCCCAUUCAAAUUGCGAGCAUCUCCCACAACUGGAGCAUAUACGAGAGACACUGAUGUGGGUUGUGCUGGCCUACUUGUCAGAAAGCUUACUGAAGAGUAUUUGUCAGCGUUAAUCCAAAUGACUGCGCUCUGUCUUAAUAAGCACUGGUGGAAAUCUCCAAGAUUAUGUCCUCGACAGGCUUCUGAGAUAUAUAGACAAAUUGUGGCCAGAAAACAGAUGCUGUUUACAAGGCUGGUAGCAGAAUGAUUCAGCGUCUCAUUCCAGCUCCCCAAAAAACAAACCCUUACUUUCUUAAAAGGAUAGUAAGGGGAUUUUGGCAAUGAAGCCUACUUCCCCAGAGUCAGAUGAACUUGUGGUUACCAUUUUAUAUGUCUCUGUGUCCCUCUAUGCAGGAAGUUGGAGGUAAUUUUGCCCAGGACCCAGAUUCACAAAACCUUUUAAGAAGACAUUUCUUCUUAACUGGCAUUUUUUUUUUUACUUAACUAUAGACUUAUGAAGGAAGUUAAGCAAAGUUGCUAUUCCUCAAAAAGAUUAUUGGAAAUGUACUUGCACUAUUUCUUAUGUUUCUCCUUAAGCAAAACGUGUUUUGUGAAUCAGGGCCGUGGCCCCUCUGCGUCUGAUCGGGGUGCGGUGAGGAGGGGGGACUGUCUCUGUGGUGCUGGGAAUACAAAACCACACCGUUUACUAAUAUCAUAUUCAUGAUAAAAAAUACUAAUACGCACCUCUGUUCUAACACAAUGCUUCAGUGACGUUUUUUCAUCAAGUCAACCUUUCUCUCUCUCCCUCUCCCCCUCUCUCUCUUUCCUCCAGGCUCUGCGGGUAAUGGCUAAGAUCAUGAGGGAGUGCUGGUACGCCAACGGAGCAGCCCGCCUCACCGCACUACGCAUCAAGAAGACCCUGUCCCAGCUCAGCCAAUCAGAGGGCAUCAAGAUGUAG